UGCGCUUCCUCCAUUGUUGGCAUUCCUGCCAUCGUUGAUUUGAAAGCAAACAUUUCACCAUGUGGAUGAAGGAUUACGGAUGUUACUAUCGAGUACCUUAUUUUAUGGUUGGAAGUUUUAGAAAGUUUAUUUCCACGUGUUGUCCUUCUUGAUUAUUUAAAUAUUAGUUCAUUUGAUUGGUAUAUUCAUUUUACGGAUGCCUAAAGGAAAGAGGAAAUCAAAGUCUGGUGGACCAUUGCGUCACAAACAGGACUUUGCUAGUGAAGAGGAAUCCCUUGCUGAUAACAGCAGUGUGGUUAGCAAUCUCUCUGAAUUACGACUAGACAGCGAUGAUGAUACUGUCACAGAGGCAGAUGAUGAAGUCCUUGCAACAGAUGAUUUUGAAGAUAAACUCAAAGAAGCCAUUGAGGGCGUACUGCAGAAAAGUGCUAGGGCUCGAAUAGCUUCUCUUGAAGUAAUCAGAAAAAGUUUAUCCUCAAGAUUCAUGUGUUCUUUUAUCCAGGAAAGAUGGUUUUCUGUAUGUGAUGCCAUGGAACGUUGCUUGAAACGUGGAAAAGGGGAGGAGCAAAUUCUGGGUGCAGUGGUGGCCAGUCUUGUUUGUGCUCAGUUGGGGAGGGAAGAUGAUUGUGAAAAGGUCCUGGAGCAUCUCCAUCCAACAUUACUUGCUCUUCUUCUGGAUCCAACAGUGCAACCUCAAGUCAGAGCUCAGUGUGCAACAUCACUUGGAUUAUGUUGUUUCAUCGUAGGCUCGCAUACAGACUCAAGACGUAGUAACUUUUCGGAGCUACUUCAUCCAACUAUGGAGUCCCUCUACACUGUGUUCAGUGCUUCUCUGCUGAAGGGAAAUGGUGUCUUGCCUUCUCAUAGGCCUGAGAUUAGUGCUUUACACAGCAGUGCUCUCUUGGGUUGGAACCUUUUGCUUACACUGCUCUCUCCACCCUUCAUCAUGACUCUUGCAACCACUCAUUUGAAAAAGAUACCUCAAUUAUUAGACAGUACAGAUGUAGAUUUGAGAAUUGCUGCUGGAGAAACCCUGGCAGUCUUUUAUGAAGUAGCCCGACAGAUUCGAGAAGACUUUGAAGGUGAUGAUCUUGAUAGUUUAUGUGAAAAAUUGCGAUCGUUAGCCACUGAUAGUCAAAAGUUUCGAGCCAAGAAAGAUAGGCGGCAGCAACGUUCCAGCUUUAGAGAUAUUCUCAGAACAAUUGAGGAUGAUGAACCUCUGGAUAUUCGUGUCAAACUUGGGAAGGAAACUUUGUAUAUUGAUAACUGGUGCCACAAACGACAGUAUGAUGCUUUCUGUCAAAUUUUGGGAUCAGGCAUGUGUUUACAUUUAAAACAAAAUGAGUUGUUGCGAGAUGUUUUUCAGUUAGGUGAUCCUCUCAUAGAAGACAAAACAACUGUAAAGAAUUCAAAAUUACAGAGGCACUCUGCUCAUCUGGCUGCUUGCAAAGCAAGGACUAAGUGUCUGAGCAAGCUGCGUGACAAGCGAGCUGACAUCCUCUGAUAAUGAAACUGUUUUAGAACUCAAUUAUUCUUUGUACGGAAAAUCUUUUAGGAAAUAUUUUUUAAUUGCUUUCUUAGUGGAGAUAUGUGCUAUUGAACUUUACUUUGACUUUUUCAGAAGUCAUGUCUUCAAAUCUUGAUUUCUCCAAGUAUUCUGUUACAUUGAUUCUUUCUUUCUUUGAAAACCCAUUUCUAUGGAUUUUUUGUUAUUUUCAUUUUUGGAACUAACCUUGUUUGCUUAGGACGACCAGGGUAAAUAAAUUUCUUCGUGAAAAUACUUCCAAUUCCUUCUCAGUUCGCAUUCAGAGGUUAGCUGCCUUAGUUCCUAAUAAUUUUGUAAAUAUGUUAUAUAUUCAGAAUUUAUGGAAUAUAAACCCAUUAGCCAUUGUAAAAGAACAUUAAUAUGAGAAUUAAAAAGAUUUCUUUUUGAUCUUUACUUUUUGCAACAAUUUUCAAUAAUGCAAGUUAUUUUGCUUCAAAUAUUUUGCUAUAAAACCUUUUUUUUUGAAUUAAUAUUUGCAAUAACAUUUUAUUAUAGUAAUAUUUAUUUAACUACAAAUGAAGGUGAAAGCAGUUAGGAGCUUAACAGUAAGCAUCAUUUUACUUGAUUCAUUAAGUAUUGUAACAAUGCUUAUUGUAUGUAUUUAGGUAAAUUAAAAUUCCUUAAUCUUAACUGGGAAACGACUUUUUAAAUGUGUGUGCCAGUAUUUGUUUUAGCUAAUCAUUUACUUUUUAAUUUUGUCUGAAUGUUGACUGUGAUCUGUAAGAAGGAUUUAACUAUUUAUACUGUUCUUAAUUGUACAAAAAUAAAAUGAAUUAUAUAUAUUUGAAUAUAAUGAAGUUAUUAUGUAUAUGUAUCACUUAUUUGUUUUAAUUGGAGGUUCCCUGAAGGAUACAAAUUGUACAGAUGCCGUACAUUGAAUAAAUGUUAUUUAUGAUUGGCCCA